UGUCCUGUUUUGAAGCCCUCUGUCCUGGCAUCCUGCACCCCAUCCACUCGCUUUUCCCUUUCUUUCUCCUCCUUCCACUGACGCUCCCUCCAGACAGGGACUCUUCCUCGACCGACUCCCGUCGGGUCUGCAGCAUCAGUCUUUUGGGAGCUCCGUAGAAGCCACAGACCAUGCUGACGUUUUUGGCGCUGACGUCGGUUGCCCUCCUGGGAAUAGUACCUGAGCAGUCCCAGGCCAUAGUGAUUUACACCGGCUGGGAGCGGCACGCUUUGUUGGGCUCUGACGUCCGGCUCUCCUGUUCCUUCUUCUCCUGGCGCUGGACCUCGGAGGACGUCAGCUUCUCCUGGACAUACAGGCCUGACGGCUCACGGGACACCAUCUCUAUCUUCCACUACACUCGUGGUGUGCCCUAUCUUGACAACAAGGGCCCAUUUAAAGACAGACUGGAGUUUGUGGGGAACCCGGGUCGCCGUGACGGAUCCAUCCUGAUCAAAAACCUGGAUCUCAGUGACAAUGGCACCUUCACUUGUGACGCCAAGAACCCCCCUGACAUAGUGGGCCGGCCCUCCAGUGUCCGACUGCUGGUGUUUGAGAAUGUGCCCAUCCAGGCUGGCGUAAUCACAGGAGCCAUCAUCGGGGUGGUCCUGGGCCUGCUGGUGCUCAUUGUGGUCAUCUACUACCUGAUGAGGUUCCUGGUGGCACGCCGAGUCUUCAGCCUCAGUGUCAGCAAACAUGGCAAGAAAAAGAAAGAGGGUUCACAGCAGAGACAGAUAAAGGUCUGACUUCUCCAUGACUGCCUC